AACCUUGCCUUGAGCAGCAAACCAAACUCAACACCUGUGACACUAUGAGCUACUACGGCAACUACUACGGAGGCCUGGGCUGUGGCUGCAGAGGCUUCGGCGGCCUGGGCUGUGGCUAUGGCUGUGGAUAUGGCAGCUUCCGCGGAAUGGGCUAUGGCUAUGGCUGUGGCUAUGGAGGCUAUGGAUAUGGCUCUGGCUUUGGAGGCUAUGGAUACCGCUCCUGCUACCCAUCAUACUAUGGAGGAUAUGGGUUCUCUGGAUUCUAUUAAACUACUGCUCCAGCAACACAGUGUUUCAAAUUACAAGAGGACAUCCCAAAGCCGACUUCAACCAUCGGACAACCAAGAUCAUGCUGGAGCUAUUUGCACAAAAUAAUUUAACAUCUCAGAACUUCAGGCAAUUUUUCCCUUUUCACCCAUAUUUCUAUCAUAAUCCUGUUAUCCUCUACUUUUGCUUUUAUAACUGGUUGAAGUAUCUAUUUGUCUUCCAAUAAAACAUUCUAAUUUGAAAACAUAA